AUGCUGACCAGACCGCGCGAUCUCAACUGCAUCAAUUCCACCGGCCAUGAAGAGCUGCACUCGAUCUGGGGAUGGAUGGAUGAUGAACCCGAAUGGAACACCCAAACCCAAUCCACCACCCCAUCCAAACGACCCAUUCUGCCCCCCAGUGGAUUCGGCGGCUUAUCACGCCGUGGGGGCAAAAAGCCGAUUAUCUGCGCCGUGAACGGGCUCUGUCUCGGGGGUGGAUGCGAGAUGGCAGUGAACGCCGACAUGGUGAUAGCGAGCCGGAAGGCGUUUUUUGGAUUCCCCGAGGUGCAGCGUGGGGUUGUUGCGAUCGCGGGGGCGUUACCACGGGUGGUGCGUACCGUGGGACGACAGCGAGCGAUGGAGAUGGUGUUGACGGGACGGCGGGUGUCGGUGGAGGAGGCAGAGAAAUGGGGGUUAGUGAAUGAAGUGGUCGAGAAGGAGGAGCAGCUGCUGGCGAGGGCUAUUGAGGUCGCGGGAUUAAUUGCGGCGAAUAGUCCGGAUGCGGUGAUUGUGAGUCGUGAAGGGGUGAAGUUGGGAUGGGAGGGAGUGGGUGCCGAGGAAGGAAGUCGGUUACUGGUCGAGGGCUGGUCGAAGAGGCUGAAUGAGGGCGUGAAUAUCAAGGAGGGAUUGCUCGCUUUCGUCGAGAAGAGAAACCCCGCAUGGGUGGAUAGUAAGUUGUGA